AUGUUGCUGCUUGAUCUAGCGAACGAGCUGCUCUAUUGCAUCUCAGAGAACCUGAGAUCAGAGCGAGACAUUAACGCCUUUGCACAAGCCAACCGCCGUCUGUACCACCUGCUCAACCGCUAUCUCUACCGCUUCAACAUUCAACAGUCCAGGAGCUCGGCGUUGUUGUGGGCUGCACAGCAUGGAAAAGAGACGACAAUUCGAAGGCUGCUACAAGAGGGAGCUGAUGCUCAAACCACACGGAACGACAAUCGGACACCGCUGCUGUUGGCGGCAGAGAAAGGGCAUGAAGGGGUGAUAGGGCUUCUCCUCGAAAAAGAAGCUAAAGAAAACGUACAGAGUAAACAUUACAGCACUGCAUUACAGAAGGCCUCAUCUGGCGGUCAUAUGCAGGUGGUGAAGAUGCUACUCGACAAGGGCGCGGACAUCAACGCGCUGAGCGACAACUAUGACACCGCACUUCGGGCGGCUUCAGCUGAAGGCCACGAGCAGUUGGUGAAGCUGCUGCUGGACAAGGGUGCCGACGUCAACGCACAAGGUCUAUACUUCGAUACCGCGCUCCAGGCAGCUUCGUCUGAAGGUCAUACGCAGGUGGUCAAGCUGUUGCUCGACAAGGGCGCUGAUAUUAACGCACAAGGCGGACGCUACGACACCGCGCUCCAGGAGGCUGUAUCUGGAGGCCACGUGCAGGUGGUGAAGCUGCUGCUCGACAAGGACGCCAACGUGAACGCAUCAAACGACAGCUACGAUACGGCACUCUACACCGCUUCACAAAGAGGUUACGAACAGGUGGUGGAGUUGCUCCUCGACAAGGGCGCCAACGUCAACUCGCUAGGUGAAGACCACGACACCGCACUAUACGCAGCUUCAUCUGAAGGCCACGAGGAGGUGGUGACGCUACUACUAGACAAGGGCGCUGACAUGAACGUGCAAGCAUGGCAGGGCCAUGGUGCUGCCAAGACCGCCGCAAACGGCCUAGCCCUUGAUCCGCCACCUCGGCAAGUCGUUUUCUGA